GUACCCCCUUUACUUCUUGUGCUAUUGAAAACACACACACACACGUGUUUGUGCGCUUCAUAUUUGCCACCUUCGAUACUAUACCCCGUUCGUUCUGUGUGUUUCUCCAUUCAACAACUGUGACAAAAGGAAAGCAAAACAAAACCAACGAAGACGGUUGCUCAAAACGAAUAUAUUAAUACUGCACGCUCUAUUUCAUCGAACUACAACAACAAAAGGAAAAUGCAUUUCGCUGCGGUGGAUCCGGUUAAUGAGCCUCCAGCGCAGCGUCAGCGCCUCGAGGACGAAUCAGCCGAGGAAAAGUCGGUAAAAGCGCGCCUGCACAAUUCAUGGCCGCAGAUCAGCAUUUCGCCCGAGACUCACGAGGUCACCAUGUCAGAGAAGGACCUGCGCUCCACGUUGUUCGAACACGACCGGGCGCAUGAGCACUGCCUCAACGAAUGCUGGAUUCUGCGCAGUCGUUUUGGUGUGCACAACCGUUUUGGCCUCUCCGUCACCUUCCGCUCCGUCGCCGUGGUGAGCGACGUUGAUCCGCCAAACGAGGACGCCUACCUGACGCAUGCGUGCGUGGUGAGCUGGUCGAUCACCGAUCAUGAAAAAAGGAAGUUUUAUCGUUUCAACGCCUGCGAUGAGCGCUCACCUGAGCUUCUUUCGAUGCUGAUUGCAAAGAAGACGCUCCGUGAUCAGCCGGCGAUGCUGCAGGCCGUUGUGGAGCAGCUGAACAACAACCGACUCGUGCUGCCCGAUCAGAUGCUGAGUGAGGCCGCCUCGAUGAGGCUGACGGAGUUGGACCUACAAUUCGGCAAAAAUACCUUCAAAUCUUUCACCCCGCCGCUCAACUACCUCGGCGAGUCGCGCCGGCCCACGUAUACCCUCCACCUUGAAGGCGUCAGCAACGAACGCGAGGACCCGAACCUCGACGAGGAGGUGAAGGCGGAGGUGGAUCUUAGUUUUAUGCCACGCGGCGUGCCUCCCGCGCUCGACGGCGUGCGCGGCGUCGUGUCGAACGGCAACUGGGAGGAGGACGAGUUCUGCUACUGCCUUCACCACGUCAAGUCCGUCACCGGCUCCUUGCGCAUCACGCGUGCCUCGGACAACUUGGAGGUGGCGCGCGACCCCGACAUUCGGCGCGGCACCGUGUGGAUGGAGCACAGCUUUGGUGGGGUGGUGCCCCGCACCGUGGAGGAAGCUCGCUUUGUGCGCUCUCUGUGUCGCCGUCGUAUCGCGGCGGAGCAGGCGCCGGUGAUUCACGAUCGAUGCCUCAUUCGACUGUACGACGAGCAGUCCAACUGUUUCACCGUAACGCGCGUUGUGACCGGCGGCACGAAUGAGGUACUGAGCUGCUGCGCCACCGUACAGUCUGGCAUGAGCAGGCAGGCCUACCAAUACAACUCCGACGCGAGCCUUACAGAUGAGGUGGAUGGCUGCCACCAGAGCAAGGAUACAGGUAUUGUGUACCCAACACGGUGGAAGGUGCGCUGCCCGAUGCCGAAUGGCGCGCGUGUGGAGCUUCAGCUGACGGCCACGCUGCCAAAUCAGGAGCUGAUCACGGCGCUGGCGCAGCCCAGCAUUUGGGAUGGCACAGUGUUGGUGAAGGGGAAGAUGACGCAGGCGGACGGCAGAGAGACGACCGUCAGCGGUGACGGCUACCUGACCAGUCGUGGUCGAGGCAAGCUGCAGACAGAGAAAACGCUCUUUAGCAUGCUGCACGGCAUCGCGACAUUUGCCGUGACGCCGGAGGACGUGGCGAAGAUGCCUUCGUGGGAGUCGAUCGCCGAUGGCCCCGCCAUCGCCGCCGUCGCGAAGCUGAGCGUUGCGCUCAAGACGCAGUCGUUUGAACUCACCUCGCCACAACAGAUCGUGAUGGCGGCUUUCAUUGGAACGUACGGGUACAUCUUUCACCACGCAAACGAGGUGGCGCAGGUGAAAAAGGCACUGCAGUGGUGCUACAGCAAGUGGAUGACCUUCUUUGGCGUGUCGUCAAUUCGAUACCGCACGCUGGCGCUGCGGGCCUUUAUGAUGCAAGAGCUGUGUGACUUGAUGCACGCGAAAUGCGCCUCGUGGAUUCCAGCUGGGGUUGAGGCUCUCGACAUCGCCGUGCCGGUGAACUACAUCGCAAAUGACGUCGCUGACAGCGCCGCUUUCACACUGCCUGCGCGCACCCUGCUGCUGCAGCCGCCCUCUGCACUUGAAAUUGCGCAAAUUAAAGCGCUGAUGGACGGCACUUGGGUGAUGGACCCCAGCGAGACAAAAGGUAGCAUGAACGCACUUCUCAUGGAGCAAGGCGUUGGUGUACUAUGGCGCAGCGUGAACAACAACGUGGUGCCGACGUGGAAGAUCUCUGUCAACAGUGCGGUGGACAAGUUAGUGAUUGACGAGUCGUCGAUGCUGGAGCGUCGCAAAUUUGUGCUCGCGCUGAACGGGUCGGAGUGGGCGUGGGAGAGCGUGUCGCGCGGUCCGGUGAAGUCGCGCUCGUGUGUUUUGUCAAACGGGCGUGAGCUCUACGUGGAGACGGAUGUUCGCGGCGGGAUCGAGCGCGUCUGGUACCAGUUUCAGAACGGCGGGCGAACGAUGGUGCAGCACAUGUUCUUCUACCCCACCGCCACCACGCCGAAGGCGACCGCCUCGUGUGAGCGUCAUUUCAAGAUCCAGCUGCCGCCUGGCUCUCCCACGUCGCCGCGGUGA